CUCCUACACCACAACUAGCAGCCCGUCCCACCUCAUUGUGAAGCCUCCAUUGGGUGAGACACAGGCUGCCAGUCAGCCAGACUCGCCCACAUAAAGUGCCGGGACGUGCGGGAGGAGAGGAGCAGUCUGGAGAUAUGGACCUUUUCCCGGGAAUGCCAAGUAAUAUUAGUGUGGACGACCCCGCCGUUCGAAAUGCCACACUUGCUGCCGUCUAUAGAUACAACAACGCAUCCAAUGAUGUCUACCUGUUUAAAGUCCAGAGGAUGCUAGAUGCACAGGUGCAGAUUGUUGCUGGUCUGAAGUAUCUACUACACUUUGAUAUCGGAAGAACAGUCUGUCGUAAGGAACAUCCAUACAACUUCAAACGCUGCUCCUUUCAAACAAGCCCGUCGCUGAUUAAGAAAUACGAGUGUCACGCUGGCGUCUGGGCGGCUCCAUACACACAGAAGUGGCGCGUGAUCGCAAUAAAAUGCCUGUGAAACGCCUUGGCUUUGUUGUUCCUCUAACCCACUGCUCCACAUAAUACAUCCAGAAUAGCAACAUCAUCAUCCUGCAAACUAGUGUAGACAAGGUGCAGAUAAUACAACAUACAACAUACAACAG